AUGGCGGCGACACACAAACGAAAACAAUCAACAGACACACAAACCCAGCCAGAGAGGAAACGGGCCAAGAUUGUGGAUAAGCAACUCUGUGCCAAUGUGCUUCCCAAUUCUACCCACACUCUGCCUCCUGAACCGCCAAAGACGGAAGCCUCAACCGCAAAUGAACCCCCAUCUUUCCUGCCAACGCCACCCGACCUGAAAAUGGAAGACUCAGACAUGAGACAGGUGGAAUCUCCCGUGACAGACUCGGACGCAGCGCGGUUGCAGUCGAUCCGCAACGUCAUUCAGACACAAAUAAGUCUUGAAAUUCUGCUGAAGCACAAGGAACUCCGACUUAUUGACCAAGAAAUAGCGAAAUCCCAAGCUUCGUUGGAGCAGCUCCGUCGAUGCAAGGAGAUUCCCUUUCCUGGAACACACCAGCUCUCCCUUGGUGUCAGCAAUGGCACAGGUCCAGCUCUACGUCGCUCAUUCCCCUCUCCAUUGCCUCAAUCGCCCGCGCCUUGGGGUGUCCAAGAAGGCCCUUAUGCGCGGCAUUACGCGAAAUGGUUACUGCCUGACCCGCACUUUGACGGUGGUGAGCCCGAGCCUGUGGCUAUCACCCCUGUUGGCAAAUCUCCCAUGAAGUUCAGAUCUCAAACGAGAGGACAGUUCGCAGAAGGGCCUCAAACAUCAAGCCAAGCUCGUGCCCAACGGAGUGGCAAACUGAAAUCAUUGCCUGCUGGAUACGGUCAGCCGAAGGAGAAAGCAACAGGCCCCAUGAUCAUCAAGAGGAAGUCCGACGGGGCGACGGUGAAACUGGUUUGUCCAGACUGUGGCCGGUUCGAUUUUGGGAGUGCCCAAGGCUUCAUCAACCACUGCCGGAUCGGCCACGGCCGGAGCUUCGCCAGCCAUGAUGCUGCGGCUGACGCCUGCGGAGAGCCGGUUGAGGUCGAUGAGACCGGAGCCAUGAUUGGAAUUGAGCCUGCUGCAACACCCGCCGCUGGCAAUGUCCAUCCUCUAAUCCGGUCAGCCAAACUUCUGCAACCCACACCACCACGAACUACAUCUUCAUCAGCGUCUGGCAAUACGCAUGCCACGGGAAGUGCCAAGCUAACACAGAUUUCCCCCGGUUUCAGGGAAUCCGUAUUGACACCGAACCUUUCCGAGCUUGUCAAAGCUCGAGGGCUUGGACUUGAUCUUCAAGAAAUGGUUUCAAAUGCGAAAGCGAAAGUUGAAUUCCCAGAAUCUGACUCAGAGGACGACGAAAUGGAUGUCGAUAUCCCCAUGCAGCAUACUGCUCAGGGCCGACACCCGCAAGUUGCAGCCACGAAACAACCACCAAAACCCACCAAGUCUCCAAUGUCGUCUCCAUUGCUAAACUCCAGUAUGCUGCGGUCCACGACUAACCUGCGAGGAGGCGGGUUGCCACAGUAUGACGGUGCCAACGACAAAUCAACCCAGCACCGGCCGCGUGGAAUGACCCUACCCGUGAACGGCGCCACUCCGACCGAUCUUCACCCUUCGGAUCCAUCUCCAACCAGUGAGUCGAAUCAGGCUCCGAGUCUCGUCGAUGAUGACGAAUUCGAGCCACAUUCUCCAAGCAGCAGCUCUGUAUCCGAUGAGCACGAUGAUGGUGAAAUCGAGUUUGAAGUCCAAGGUGACGACGAUGACGCCCGCAGCGUCCUGCGCUGGAUGUGCUGCAAACCCCGCGUUCUCACCUUCGACGAAUUUCUCUCCAUUCCACCCUGCACAAAGGGCAAGCACUCAGCCGUGGACGACACCCCCGCGCCCGCCCCGAAGCCCGAAGCGUUGAAGGCGUCCGCCGCCGCCUCCUUGCCUGCUCCCGUGCCCAUUACUCGGCCCCUCGCAUCGAGUCUUGCAGUUCCGCAACAGCCCACACCCUCAGCGACACCGAAGCCGGAACCGCCUGAAGACGAAUCUGAUGAUCCAGAUGCUGAGAUCCCCACCAACGCGACAUGUAAGAGGCGAGGUUGUGGCAAGUCAAGGGACGAGAAUGUCCCGCGAGACAAGGAGGAAUGUGUAUACCACCCAGGUGUGCCUCUCUUCCACGAAGGAAGCAAGGGUUGGACAUGUUGCAAGAGACGGGUUUUGGAAUUCGACGAGUUCAUGAAGAUCGAGGGCUGCAAGACCAAAAGGCGGCACUGCUACGUAGGGAAGCCAAAGAAGAAAGAAGGCGCCGCAGUUGACGGAGAGACGUCGGCCAACACCGAAGAGGAACUCCUGGAUAAUGUCCGUAAUGACUUCUAUCAGACACCCAACAGCGUCAUUGUCAGUUUCUACCUCAAGAAGAUCGACAAGGACAAGGCCAAAGUCGAGUUCAAGGACGAUGGCCUGUCGGUAGACUUGGAUCUACCUACGCAGGACGGGAAGAGAUUCGCGAGGAAUAUACCACUUUUCGCUGCGAUUGACCCGGACAAGAGCCGGUCCAAGAUCAUGGGCACCAAGCUGGAACUGGAUUUGGUGAAGAAGGACGGGUCCAUUAGUUGGGCGACACUGCGGAGUGAUGAGAAAGGGACCGGGGAGAGGAUUCAGCUUGGUAGGGCCGGUAGAUUGGAGCGCGGUUGA